CACAAUGAGUCUUUACUGGAGCGUCAGCCUCCGAUGAUGCACGGACGGCGGCCCGACCUGCUUCUAAACACUGUGGCUCCCGUAAGUCCGUUUAACCGCAUCAAUGGCCUCUGCCCCACCACUUUGGCAGACGCCCGAAAUAUCUGCCCAGGAAGUCUGACUCAGCCCUGAAUGGCACCCUGAAUAUAAAAGCAGAGACUGUCUGCAACGUCAUGUCAUCCUCUUUUCCCCUUGCUUCCGAUUACGAACAUCAUGCCUGGUUCUCUGGGACGCAGCCCCCGGUCCUCUAUGACGAUUGUUGACGCAGAUCUCCACCGCAUCGAUGUGGGCGCACCGAAACCUGAACGACCCAAAUUUGAGGAGCAGAAUCUACCGAGAGAGCCUGAGGAGAUCAGCUGGGACGGCCCCGACGAUCCUGAAAACCCGCAAAACUGGACAGACCGCAAGAAGUGGUGGAUCACAUUCGUUUGUGUAAUAUCUACCGUGAAUGUCACAUUCGCGUCUUCUGCACCGAGCUCGGCAAUGGGCUUCAUCCGUGCUGAUUUUGGAAUCUCCGCCGAAGUUUCUUAUCUUGUCACAUCCGUUUUCCUCUUGGGAUAUGUGUUCGGGCCUCUCGUAUGGGGACCGGGUAGCGAACUCUUGGGUCGCCGGCCCAUCUUCGUCUUCGCCAUGGUCAUGUAUACGAUCCUGCACCUCGGCGAAGCACUGGCCCGAAACAUCGAAACGAUGCUCGUCACGCGGUUUCUAGGGGGCCUCUUCGCAUGUGCUCCUUUGGUCAGCUCGGGUGGUGUGCUCGCCGACAUCUGGUCCGCGGAGAAACGUGGCACAGCGAUGAGCCUGUUCUCCGCCAGCGUGUUCCUCGGUCCGGUCAUGGGCCCGAUCGUCGCAGGCUAUAUCGUCGAGAGCGACCUGUCGUGGCGAUGGGUGUUCUGGGUCAUGAUGAUGUUUGCGGGAUCCAGCACUGCGCUCAUCACCGUAGGGCUGCCGGAAACUUUUGCACCAGUUUUGCUGCUCAAGAGGGUUCGUGCGCAGCGCAAGGCAGAUCCAGACGCGCUGGGCCAUCUGUAUGCUGCACAUGAGAAGCGGGACUGGUCUGCAAUGGGCAUCAUUCGCUCAACUCUCUUCCGCCCGUUCAUCAUGCUGGCCGGCGAGCCUAUUUUGGUUCUCGUCACGGCUUAUCUGUCGCUCAUCUACGGUGUUCUCUACGCUCUUUUUGAAACAUUCCCCAUCAUCUUCGUCCAGAAGCGUGGAUUCACAAUCGCUCAGAACGGACUGGUCUUCAUCGGCGUCGGGAUCGGCACUUCGCUGGGCGCCUUCAUCAACUAUCUCUGCUCGCGACACUACCCAGAGCUCAUCAAGAAGUGGAAGGGCUUUCCGCCUGCCGAGGAGCGACUGAUCGGUGCGAUGUACGGCGCUCCCCUAUUUGUAGUGGGCAUCUUCUGGCUCGGAUGGACUGGCCAAUAUCCGAGCGUGCCGUGGUACGUGCCUGCGCUGGGCACGAUCGUUGUCGGGAUGGGCGUCUCGUCGGUCUUCAUGGGUUUCCUCAGCUAUCUCGUGGACACCUACCUUAUGAACGCUGCAUCGGCAUUCGCCGGUAACACGUUCUUCCGUUCUCUCGUCGCUGCCGCAUUCCCGCUUUUCACUGUGCAAAUGUUUAACGGAAUGGGCGUGAACUGGGCCUCGACCCUCCUCGGGGGCGUUGGACUGCUGCUUGCUCCGUCGCCGUUCUUGUUCUACAAGUACGGCGCACGGAUCCGACAGCGCAGCAAGUUUGCGCCCUGUCUGGAUCUCAAGAUCGCAGCAGAGCUGAAGACGGAGGAAGAAAAGGCCUCCGGGGACAAUAGCGUGUAGGACUACUUUAUACAUACCAUAUAUCAGUCAUUAGACCAACUACACUUGUACUUACUAUGUCACCUUCGUGUAUUUUUACUUGCCUUGAUUCAAGAUAUUUCCCCCAAGUCGCAGCGCUUUUUCAGAGUCAAUUCAUUCUGACAGUCGAGGGGUAUGUGUGUCAAUUCUUGCUUUCUUCGACGGUCCCAAUGCCAACGUCCUCAUUGAACGAGUCUUCGAGCUGCUAUGCUGUCGCUUCGUGCCAAGCACGAUCCGAGAUCCUCCUCAUCCAAGUAAAGCCAGACGAUUCCUCGUCAGCGGAGACUGAUUGACUACCAGCACCUGGAUACUUCCCUUGGUUUCAGCGGUGUCGCCCAAGGCAGACGGCGUCUUAGCACCGUCUAGGCAGGCAUGCAUCUCUUAUUCAGAGCACGAUCUCAUCGCCCUCGUGAGCGACCUUGACACAUGAAGGGAUCUCGACGACCGAUCGCUUGCCUGUUGCAAUCCUCCGGCUAACCUCGAGAUCCAUCGGGAAACCUGUGCGUCGAUGAAGAGAGGAGGAGGGCCAAUCGAACCCCACAGGCAAAUAAAUU